UAUUUCUGGGGGAAGUGCUCGAAGAAGCUGAGGAAGCGAAGUUAUCUUCUGUUCAAGUUGGAUGAUGAAACUGUCUAUGAGUUCAAGAUGCCAGCCCAUCGAUUCAUGGGAUUAGGAUAUCUGUUCGAUUGCACCGAGAUCUACGAGUCUUUCAAGCGAAAAGACUUGUACACUCGUAAAGUUGUUCGACUUCUUUACAUGAGGCUCCUCCCUGUCAUGUUUGAAAGAUGGAUGGAGUACCAUGAGGAGUACCGCAAGAAAGCUUAUGCUUUCCAUCACUACUUCCAGAGGUUCAUGCGUAAGUGUUUCGAGGCUUUGCUCGAAAUCCAGAGCUUGGAACAAUCGGCUGAGAAUCAAGAAAAAACCUUGAAAAGAAAAGAUUCGCUGGAUGAAGAUUUGAGCGAAGAUAUGAUCUACUAUUUGAAGAACGAAAAAAGAAAGAUGAUUCAUCAGGCAAAGAGAGAAGCAAUCGGCCAGGAGAUCACAUGGAUUAUGAAGUUGAAAACUCAACACGAAACAAGUAUUUCAGAGAUGGAUAGUUAUCAUCGAGCGAGAGAAAAUGAGUCGAUUGAUCGCAUCGAAGAGCAGAGAAAGAUCUUGAGUGAAAUCAUGGAGAAAGAAAAUGACAAGUGGAGCAAGACGAUCAAAUCCAUCAGGACUCUCUUUGCUCUGGCUGUCAGUCGGAUCACGUCGGUGUACGAAUCCGUUAACAAGGAUCGGAGCAGAACGGUGAGCAGCAAGUGAGGUGCGUCAGCGUGACGGAGAUACCUGUUAGGUGUUCUUGAGGUGCUGGGCCCUCAUGCGGAAGCCUGUCUUUCGGAUCCGACUGAGAAAGGAAACAUAGUGCUUGAAAGAGCCUCCAGUGUGACGCUCUGGCAGAUUAUGAACCGAGCGUAUCUUCGAAGGUUGGUUCUCCGAUGCAGCGAAUUCAUGAGCCUAGAAAAAUCCAUACACAAGUACAGACCUCUGAAACUGAAGCAUCGCAGCUUUGUUUGCUGGCUCCAAGCGCUUGAAAUUCAAUUCAAUUACACGACCUUUGGUCUAAAGAACAAAGUUCUUAGGCGACAAGUCCUGGCUUUCCGGUUGAGCAACGCCAUGAACAAUUGGAACGACGGAAACAAGGAGUUGGCGAUACCAACAACAGCUGAGUUCUUCAGAAGCAAGAAGUUUGUGCUGCUUAGUUGGAUCGAAACACAUCAAGAAAGAUACGCCCGAAACAAAGCUCUCGCCCUCUGUCGCGUCAAGCGUGAGAUGCGGACGAAGGCAAGGUGUUUCGACUUCAUGAAGAAGCGAGUGAUUUGGAGGCAAAGAGCAAACAAGGAGUCUGUGGAUUGCUUCAUCUACAAGAACGCUUACUUCAAUCUCCUGCUCUGGAAGAAGUAUUUCUUCUCAGGUGUUCGACACACAACGACCUUGAGGAGAGCCGAAGUGCGUAGGUGGAAAGUGACGAGGUGGACAGCGAAUGCGAGCACGCUCUUGUUUCACUGCGUGGAGGAGAGGAGGUCGUUGGUGUCCUCGAGACUGAGGAAGGAGCAAACUCUACUUCUCAACGUCAUCGGCAGGGGCGAUGCGUCGGAUCAGGCAUUUCUUCAUGUUCCCCCGGCGCUCAUGGGAACUUUCUUCAACUUACGGAGGAUGCAAGUGGAGAAAGCUCUCAAGAGUGCAGAUGGACUGAUCCAAGUUGCAAAGAGACAGCUGGGUAGUAGUUUGGUCGGUUUUCGCGUGUCCUCUUGGUUCUUCGAAGCAAGAUGCAUUCACCUGCCCAUGGCGACUUCCACUCGUCUUCCUGCAACUUCAUCGUACUGGAGGAACAUACGCUCCUUGAAUGCUUUAGCGCAGCAGAAGGGGUCCGAUUACAAAGUAAAGGCCAUGUAAUAACUUGC